AUGCCGACCAGGACAUCAACUCGUCAAGCGGCCGUCAAGGCCAAUAAAGCAUUUAACCAAAGCGCCGGUAUUAAACGCAGAGGAUCGUCAUCAAGCCAGCUACCAUCGAAGAAAGGGAAGAAGGAUGUGAAGCCUAAUGAGGGAAAUGGCUACCAGAAGCCUACUGUGACCGAAGAGGCACAGGAGAUCAAACCUAGUGAAGAUCCAACCAAGGUUCAGACUACGGUUAAUAUGCAACCUACUGAAGCUCCGCCUGAGAAAUCUGUUGAGCCGGCCCAGGAAGGAGGCGUGAAAGAGGAUAAGGAGAAAGAGGAGAAGGAGAAAGAGGAGAAGGAGAAAGAGGAGAAGGAGAAAGAGGAGAAGGAGAAGGAGAAGGAGGAGAAGAAAGAACUAGAGAAGCUCGCCGAUGGCAUACCCGCAGGCAAGGAAGAGGAAAAAGAGGAGAAACCAGCCACGAAGGAAGCACAGACCGCCAUCAAAAUAUCGCCAGAAAGAGAAGACGUGCUUCCCUCUAGCAUCCUCGAGAAAGGGAUUGUGUACUUCUUCUUCCGCCCGCGUGUGAAUGUAGAAGAUCCUCAUAGUAUCAGCGAUGUUGCGCGCAGUUUCUUCGUUCUACAGCCGACCCCCAAAGGAGCCAAGAUAGAAGAUGGGCCGAUCAGAGACGAUACGGCUAAUUGCCGAUUACUAAUACUCCCCAAACAGAGAUACCCUGCAUCAGGCAGAGAACGCGAUAUGGGGUUUGUUGAGAAAGCCAAAGUCACCUUGAAGACAAUCCGUGAGAGUCUGAUGACGCCUACCACUUACGAGACGAAAACCUAUGGCGAGCGUACAAGGCCAGAGGCACGACCAUAUGCUGAGGGUGUCUAUGCACUCAUUAAGGAAGGCCGUAAUUCUCAUCUAGCCUAUAUCCUAACGAUUCCACGACAAUUGGGCGAUGUUCAAAGCGAUUUUGGUAUACAUGGUCGUGGUAGCUUUAUUAUCCAGUCAAAGAAUCCUGAGUACCCCGGUCCUCCUAUCGCUCAGCUGCCAAAGGGGCCGGAAUAUCCAGAGCAAGUUCAGGAGAAGUUCAAAGGUUACCGCUGGAUACCUACUGAGCCAGAAUUCCUAGAUUAUCCCAACGCUCAAUUUCUCAUGAUAGGCGAGGCUCAUGGCCAUCUCGGAAAAGCCGGGGAAGCUCACAUCGAUGAUCAAGGCACGAAGGAAGACCCUGCUCAGGAACUUGAUCAACUAGAGGAGGAAAAUGAGGAAAGAGUCGAUUCUCUGUCUGGUGAUCACUCAAUCUUUGAGGAUUUGGGCGCCGAAGCGAAGAAACAUGAGAGCGUAACUUCAGAAUGGGAGUAA